AUGGCUGGAAAGCUGCUGCACAUUUUGGCUUUGGUGAGCCUUCUCUAUGCAGAGUGCGGCAUCGCUCCUCAAAACCCCAAAAUAGUUGGAGGUCAAAAUGCCUCACCUGGAAGUUGGCCAUGGCAGGUGAGCCUGCAGAAAUAUGGUAUGCAUUCAUGUGGAGGCUCCCUCAUCAGCAGAAACUGGGUGCUGACGGCUGCUCACUGCGUCGAUCAUACAAAUCCAUCCAGGCUGCAGGUUUCUCUUGGUCUGCAGCAGCUGCAGGGUGGGAACACAAAUACCCAAGUAUCUGUUGGAGUUAGUAGCAUCAUUGUGCACCCAAAAUAUAAGAGGAGUACCAAUGACAAUGACAUUGCAUUGCUUAGACUCUCUUCUCCAGUGAAGUUCACUAAAAACAUCAGGCCGGUGUGUUUGGCAGCAAGUGGCAGCCAGUUCAAUAAUGGAACCCCUAGCUGGGUCACAGGGUGGGGAAACGUGGCACAGGGAGUGCCUUUACGACCUCCUAAAAUUCUUCAGGAAGUGAAGGUACCAGUUAUAGGAAACAGACAGUGUAACUGUUUUUAUAGAGGGAUUACAGACAACAUGAUCUGCUCUGGUGUUCUGUCAGGAGGCAAGGACUCGUGUCAGGGUGACUCAGGAGGUCCGAUGGUGAGUAAGCAAAGCUCUCGCUGGAUCCAGUCCGGAGUUGUUAGCUUUGGGGAUGGCUGCGCUCGACCUAGGAAGCCUGGAGUCUACACCAGAGUGUCCCGUUACCAGUCCUGGAUUAACUCCAACAUCAGAGAUAAUAAGCCAGGCUUUGUCCAGUUCACCUCCAGCGGAGUGGACCCUGACAAAAACUUUUCCUGUCGGCGCUCGCCAUUUUUACCCAAAUAACAAGAUCAAGACCUCCAACUGUGACUAACAGCAGUUUUAACACCAAGUGUCUGCAAAAAUCAAAGUUUUAAUUUAAGUGAAAACAAUUUUCUAAUUCUUAAAGUAGA